AUUCUAAUCUCUCUCCAUUUUAUUUCUCUCUUUUCACAUAAUAAGAGAGAGAGAGAGAGAGAGUGAGAGAGUAUUUAUUAAAAAAAGAAAAAUGGUAAAGUUCUCGAAAGAGCUGGAAGCUCAACUCAUUCCUGAAUGGAAAGAUGCGUUCGUUAAUUACUGGCAACUCAAAAAACUGGUUAAGCGAAUUAAACUCUCUCGAAUCCCUAAAUCUCCUCCCCCCUCCGCUACCUUCCCCCUACUCUCUUCUCUCGCCGAUAACUUCCGCCGCCGCCGACGAUCUAUCUCUCAGGUGAAGAAGAAUGAAAGCCUUGAGGAUGGGAAUAGUAAUAAUGAAGAUCGUCAAACCGAACUUUCUCAGUUUUUCUCCGAAGAAGACGAAGUGAAGAUAUUCUUUGAGACUUUGGAUGAAGAAUUGGAAAAAGUAAAUGAGUUUUAUGGAAGUAGAGAGAGUGAGUUUGUAGAGAGAGGGGACAGUCUAAAGGAACAACUAGCGAUUUUGGUUGAAUUCAAACGCAUUCUUGAAGAUCGCCGCCGUAAAUCUUCCCCCUCCUCCGCCCCCACAUUCUCCCGCUCCUCCUCCUUCUCUCCCCGUCACUCCAACUUCUCCGAGAGGUCGGAAUUAAACGAAACGUCGGCCGAAGUAUCGGAGACGGAUGAAGCAAUAGCGGCAUUGGAGAGGCACGGGGUUACGUUCAUAAAUGCGGCCGUGAGAGGGAAGACAAAGAAAGGGAAUAAGCCCAAAAUGGCACUAAGAGUGGAUAUUCCAGCCACCACUCCGUCGAGGACAAUCUCUGCCGUGAUGGGAAUGCUGUGGGAGGAUCUGAUCAACAACCCCAAGAAAGAUGUCUCCGGCGACUCCAUUAGCCGGAAGAAAAUACAGUGGGCGGAGAAGAUGAUCCGAGGCGCCUUUGUUGAACUUUACAAAGGCCUUGGCCUACUCAAAACCUUCAGUUCACUGAACAUGAAGGCAUUCGUAAAGAUUCUGAAAAAAUUCGACAAGGUGGCGAACCAAAAAUCGUCGGUGAGUUAUCUUCAAGAGGUGAAACAGUCACCCUUUAUCAGCUCCGAUAAGGUGGUAAGAUUAAUGGACGAAGUGGAAUCCAUAUUCACAAAGCACUUCGCCAACAGUGACAGGAAAAAGGCUAUGAAAUAUUUGAGGCCUCAGCAGCCUAAAGAUUCCCACAUGACCACCUUCUUUGUUGGUUUGUUUACAGGAUGCUUUGUAUCAUUGUUUAUUGUAUAUGCAACUUUGGCCCAUUUGUCUGGUGUCUUUUCUCGUCCAAAUGAAGUCUCUUACAUGGAUGCUGUUUACCCUAUUUUCAGCAUGUUUGCAUUGCUAAGUUUGCACAUGUUCAUGUAUGGCUGCAAUCUCUUCACUUGGAAGCAAGCAAGGAUCAAUUACAACUUCAUUUUCGAGUUUCAUUCGAGCACCGCACUCAAGUAUCGCGAUGCUUUUCUUAUAUGUACGACUACCAUGACUGCUGUGGUUGGAGCACUCGUCAUUCACUUGAUUUUAGGACUUACCGGUUUCUCACCUGUCCAAGUUGAUUCCAUUCCUGGUCUUCUCCUUCUUAUCUUUGUUGUCCUUCUUAUAUGCCCAUUUGACAUAUUCUACCGACCUACACGCUAUUAUUUUCUCCGCGUGUUCCGUAACAUCAUUUUCUCUCCUUUUUACAAGGUUUUGUUUGUUGACUCUUUCUUGGCAGACCAACUUACAAGUCAGAUCACUCUGUUGAGGCUUGUGGAAUCUGCCGUCUGCUACUUUACUGCAAGUUUCUUUGGAAUGCAUCGUGGCGAUCUUUGCAAAUCCGGGACAUUGUACUGGGAGUUGGCUUACCUCAUUUCAUUUUUGCCAUAUUAUUGGCGAGCAAUGCAGUGUGCAAGAAGAUGGUUUGAUGACAAUGACAUAGACCAUUUGGCUAACAUGGGCAAGUAUGUAUCAGCCAUGGUAGCAGCUGGCGCCAGGCUUACAUAUUCUCGGCAAGACACCCGCCUUUGGUUUGUAAUGGUCUUGGUCACUUCCUUUUUAGCGACAGUAUAUCAGUUGUACUGGGAUUUUGCCAAGGAUUGGGGAAUCCUCAACCCAAAAUCUCGAAAUCCAUGGCUCCGAGACGAGCUCAUCUUGAAGAACAAAGGCAUCUACUACAUGUCAAUGGUUCUGAAUAUGAUCCUGAGAGUUGCUUGGGUGGAGUCUGUGUUACAGUUGCAUAAAUUGCACAUUAGAAACGUCGAGUCGAAAAUGCUAGACUUCUUGCUGGCAUCAUUGGAGGUUAUCCGACGAGGGCAUUGGAAUUUCUACAGAUUGGAGAAUGAACAACUACACAACGUUGGAAAGAAUAGGGCUGUGAAGACAGUUCCGUUGCCAUUUCGUGAUGCUGACUCCGAUGGCUAAGAUCGAUUCUUGAAAGUACAGGUCUGGUCCAUAACAAAACUGACCUGAAAGAGAGGAUGAUGAUGAUCAACAUAAUACUACUAACGUAUAAUUUGAGAUCUUUCUCAUUCAUCCGAUUGUUCCAAUUCACACUUGUGAAAGUACAAAGUGUAAUUUCCGACGCAUGGUCCCAAGCGACGACACUCUCGCUCGGCUCCUCUGACACGUAGUGAUUCGAUUGGUAAAAUGUAACGUAAUCCUAUUUUCUCAAAUUGUAAGGAAUGCUUAUUUCUAGUGAAGAAUUAGUUGCUUGAAUAGCAGCCAAAUCGAAGCCUCCACAAAAUUUGCCCGUGUGUGUAUAGUGUACGUGCUCAUGAUUACUCCAGAACAUACCAAGAUACAGUUAGCUUACAAUUGCAUCAUCCUUAACAACAGUACCCAUGUACCUUGGAGAGUGAAAUUAAAAAACAACGAACACCAAUUUGGGAACACUGUUUUCUCCUAAA